GAGAGCGGCGGCGCGCGGGCGGUUGGUCCUGCUAAGUCUUCAUUCCCACCGUGUUGGGAUCAGUGUCCUCGGACGCUUGGGGCCCACGGGAGACAUGGCUGGGACACCCGGGCCGGGCAGCAAGAGGCGGAGCGGGCCCCUGGCGCCUCGCCCUGGCCCGCCGCCCGGCACAGGGCACCCCCCCAGCAAACGAGCCCGGGGCUUCCCGGUGGCCGCCUCCCCGGACCCCGAAGACCCAUUCGGCGCGCAGGGGGAAUUCACCGCCGAUGACCUGGAGGAGCUCGACAUCCUCGCGUCACAGGCCCUGAGCCAAUGCCCGGCCGCCGUUCUGGAAGUAUCCAGUGUUCAUAAGGUCCGUAGAUUAGAUGGAAUGUCAAAAAAUCCCUCAGGGAAAAACAGAGAAAGUGCUCCAGUUAAAGAUAAUUUUGAAUUAGAAGUUCUUCAGACACAAUACAAAGAACUUAAAGAAAAGCUGAAGGUAAUGGAAGAAGAAGUCCUCGUUAAAAACGGGGAAAUUAAAAUUUUGCGCGACUCACUGCAUCAAACAGAAUCUGUUCUAGAAGAACAGAGAAGAUCACAUUUCCUUCUUGAGCAAGAGAAAAUCCAAGCACUCAGUGACAAAGAAAAGGAGUUCUCCAAAAAGCUCCAAUCAUUGCAGUCUGAACUCCAGUUUAAAGAUGCAGAAAUGAAUGAAUUAAGGACAAAGCUUCAGAGCAGUGAAAGAGCAAAUAAACUGUCUGCUCCUUCUGUUUCCCAUGGCAGUCCUAGGAAAAGCCCUUCUGUGGUUAUAAAGCCAGAAGCAUGUUCUCCACAUUUUGGAAAAACAUCUUUCCCUACAAAGGAGUCUUUUAAUGCUAACAUGUCCCUUCCCCACCCCUGCCAGACAGAGCCAGGAUACACUCUUGUGGGCAGAGAGGGCUCCAUUUUGAUAAAUCUGCUCCUGAGGCAGCCUUUGAUCCCAGGAUCAUCCCUAGGUCUUUGUCACCUUCUAAGCAGUUGUUCUGAGACUCCUACUGGCACCCUCUCACAGCCAUCAGGGUUUGGCAGUACCUUGACUGGGAUUUCAGGCCUCAGGGGUACAAGUUCUCGCAGUGGAUUGUUUUGCCCUUUGGCCCUGAGAGAAGCACAGAACCUGGCAUUCACAGGACUGAAUCUGGUUGCCAGGAAUGAAGGCUUAUGUGAUGGAGACACAGAGGGAGAUAAAAGGGCCUUCCCACUCUGCCAGCCUGGAGCGGUGCACCUUCUCCCCCUUGUACAGUUCUUCAUUGACUUGCACUGCCAGGCUCUGCAGGAUUUGGCAGCUGCUAAGAGGAGUGGAGCACCUGGGGACUCUCCGACACAUACCUCCUGCUUGAGCUCUGGGGUAGAGGCCAGCACUGAUGACUCAGUUAGCAACUUGGAAGGUUUCUCUGCAGCUUCACUUAGCAUUCUUCAGCACCUGGUGUGCCACAGCAGAGCAGUUGUCUGCCUCUUACUAUCAGGAGUGGGGAUAGAUUCUGCUGCUGGGGAAGGAAAUGAGAGCCUGGUUCACAGACAGAGUUGUGGAGAUACAAUCUCAGUCCCACAAGGAGCUGCCGAUGACCAAGGACUGCAUCCACUAUUGAAGAAGCUGCUUCAGCUAUUGGCUUUCUCUUCUGCAGCAACAGGUCACUUUCACGUCAGUGUGCUGAGCCAGUGCCUCAAGGUUUUGGUGAAAUUAGCUGAAAACGCUUCCUCUGAUUUGUUGCCCAGGUUCCAGUGUGUGUUGCCAGUGCUGCCACAGUGCCUCAGCCCAGAGACACCCCUGCCUUGUGUGCUACUGGCUGUUGAGCUGCUCUCCCUCCUAGUGGACCAUGAUAGCCUUGCACCUCAGCUCUGUUCCCACUCUGAAGGCUGCCUCCUCCUGCUGCUGUACAUGUACAUCACAUCAAGGCCUGACAAAGUGGCCUCAGAGACACAAUGGCUUCAGCUGGAACAAGAGGCAGUAUGGCUCCUGGCCAAACUGGGGUAUAGCCCUUCCCCUCCAGUCACUGGCUCUGACUGUCAAUGCAGUAUAGAGGUGGUUAGAGUUCUCACAGUGAUGCUGCACAGACAGUGGCUGACCGUGCGAAGGGCAGGGGGGCUCCCAAAGACUGACCAGCAGAAGCGCACCAUACGGUGUCUACGGGACACAGUGUUGCUCCUGCACAGUCUGUCCCAGAAGGACAAGCUCUUUACUGUGCACUGUGUGGAGGUCCUGCAUCAGUAUGACCAGGUGAUGCCAGGGGUCAGCAUGCUUAUUCGAGGGCUUCCUGAUGUGACCGACUGUGAAGGAGGCAGCCCGGAUGACCUCUGUGCCGCGGAGACAGACAUGGAGGACCCUGAAAUGGACUGUGCUGAGGCCCUUCCCCUGAGCAUCCUCCGCAAGGGGGCCCAGCACUGCUGCUAUCGUCCCAUCAUCCUCUGA